UUUUAAUGGGUGUAUUUUGUAUUCAGUGUAUAGCACAGUCUCUAUAUAAACAUGUUUGUAAACUUUAUAUACAGACUCUUAGUAUACUGUAUUUAGAGGCAUUUAGCAUGUGUCACAUACAAUGUGGAUGUAAUUAGAUACGUUGCAUGGUGAAACGGUGACUGUAUUUGUAAUAUUCCGUUGUUUUGAAAGUCUACUACCGUUACAUUCAUUCAUUACAUUCAUUCAUUCAUUUAUAUAUGCAAUCAAAUGUAUUGUUUAAAAGAAACUUGGUUAAUAUUUCGUUUCUUAAUUUAAAGUGCAGGUGUAUGAAAAUAAAAUAUUUUAGAAUACUUUUGUCUUAACAAGUACAUAAUGGUAUAAAAAUACUUAAAUAUGACAUAAAAAAACGACGAUGGUUUAUUUCGCUCCCCGAUUAUUCCAAAGCGCCGACGUGCCAGGUUACCAGAAACAGUGACGACUUCUUCAUUUUUGACGUGUCGAAAAUUUGCUCACGAAUUUUACAAAACUUGAUAAUUUUAAUUUGGUCUCUUUUAUUUAAAUUGAAGCUUAAAUAAGAUUUAUUUGUUGCAGCAUCAUCAGUUUGGUAACUGCUAUAAGUAGUGGGUAUAUAAAACAGAAAGGCGAGAAAUUAACGCCAUGCUGACAAAGUUUGAAACCAAAUCAGCUCGCGUGAAAGGUCUCUCAUUUCAUCCAAAGCGACCAUGGGUAUUAUCCUCUUUACACAAUGGUUGUAUUCAACUAUGGGAUUACAGGAUGUGCACAUUGAUUGAUAAAUUUGAGGAGCAUGAUGGUCCAGUAAGAGGAGUUUGCUUUCACAGCCAACAACCUUUAUUUGUAUCUGGUGGAGAUGAUUAUAAAAUCAAGAUCUGGAAUUACAAGUUAAGAAGAUGCCUCUUCACUCUUCUGGGCCAUCUGGAUUACAUUAGAACUGCAGUUUUCCACCACGAGUACCCAUGGAUCCUCAGUGCUUCAGAUGAUCAGACCAUUCGGAUUUGGAACUGGCAGUCAAGAAACUGCAUUGCUGUUCUUACCGGGCACAACCAUUAUGUGAUGUCAGCUCAAUUCCAUCCAACCGAUGACCUCAUCGUGUCUGCUUCUCUGGAUCAAACUGCAAGAGUGUGGGACAUAUCUGGUUUACGUAAGAAGAACUUAUCCCCUGGUGGUAAUUCGUUAGAGGAGACAGUAAGGGGAACACCUGGUUCUGCAGGUGGUCCAAGUUCCAUCGAGUUGUUUGGAAGUACUGACUUCUUGGUCAAACAUGUUUUGGAGGGUCACGAUCGUGGGGUAAACUGGGCAUGCUUCCACCCCAGCCUACCAGUAGUGGUAACAGCAGCUGAUGAUCGACUUGUUAAACUGUGGAGGAUGAAUGAGUCAAAGGCUUGGGAGGUGGAUUCAUGCAGAGGUCAUUACAACAAUGUCUCUUGUUGCUCCUUCCAUCCAAGACAAGACCUCAUUAUUAGCGCUUCCGAGGAUAAAUCCAUCCGCGUGUGGGACAUGGGAAAGAGAUCAAGUAUUCAGUCAUUUAGAAGGGACCAAGACAGAUUCUGGAUUUUGUCUUGCCACCCAACUUUGAACUUGUUCGCUGCCGGCCACGAUAACGGGAUGGUCAUAUUUAAGUUGGAGAGAGAAAGACCAGCAUUCGCCACCCAUGGCAACAUGUUGUAUUAUGUCAAGGAGAAAUAUUUACGUCGUCUUGACUUUACAACAAGCAAGGACCUUCCUAUUAUGCAACUUAGAAGUGGUUCAAAGACGAGUGUUUUUGCUCUCUCAUAUAAUCCUGCUGAGAACACUGUCCUUGUUACAUCUCGUGCGUCUAACAUUGAGAAUUCCCACUAUGACCUUUACCAGGUUCCCAAGAACGUGGAUUCUUCUAACCCUGACUCACCUGAGGGCAAGAGAGCAUCAGGCCUUACUGCGGUGUGGGUCGCUCGUAAUCGGUUCGCUGUACUUGACCGAACGCACACGAUCGUCAUCAAGAGUUUGAAGAACGACAUAAUGAAGAAGAUACAAGUCCCUGGCGUAGAUGAGAUCUUCCAUGCCGGUACUGGAGCACUUUUGCUACGAAGUGCAGAUGGUGUAACACUCUAUGAUGUGCAACAGAAGAGAACCCUUGCAUCUGUAAAAAUAGCCAAAGUAAAGUACGUUGUUUGGUCGAGUGAUAUGUCCCAUGUCGCCCUGCUUGCAAAACACAACAUCGCGAUUUGUAAUCGGAAGUUGGAAUCUCUCUCCACGGUCCAUGAGAACGUGAGAGUAAAGUCUGGAGCUUGGGAGGAGAGUGGUGUCUUCAUCUACACAACUUCAAACCAUAUCAAAUACGCUCUUACUAAUGGGGAUCACGGCAUCAUACGAACUCUUGAUCUUCCCAUUUACAUCACGAGAGUACGAGCCACGAACGUUUAUUGUCUCGAUCGCGAAACUCGACCGAGGGUUCUGUCUAUUGACCCAACGGAGUUUAAAUUUAAGAUGGCGCUAGUAAACAGAAAAUACGACGAGGUGUUACACAUGGUUCGCAACAGUAAACUGGUUGGACAAUCCAUCAUUGCUUAUUUGCAACAGAAGGGUUACCCCGAGGUUGCUUUGCAUUUUGUGAAGGAUGACAAGACAAGAUUCACCCUUGCUGUGGAAUGCGGGGAUAUUGAGGUGGCACUGGCUGCUGCGAAAGCUUUGGAAGACAAACAAUGCUGGGAAAGACUCGCUGAAGUUGCUCUCGCAUGCGGAAACCACCAAGUGGUAGAAAUGGCGUACAAACGAACGAAGAACUUCGAUAAGCUCGCUUUUCUUUACCUACUCACUGGAAACCUGGAAAAUUUAAGAAUGAUGAUCAAGAUUGCCGAGAUCCGAAAAGAUACAUCCGGGCACUACCAGGCUGCUCUUUACCUUGGUGAUGUUGCCGAGAGAGUAAAAGUCCUCCGUGGAUGCGGGCAGAAGUCUCUCGCUUACCUCACAGCGAAGACACAUGGAUUAGAAGAGGAGGCAAGUCAGUUGGAGGAAGAAGACUCUCCUAGUGUCCCUGAGAACGCAGUUCUUCUCCAACCCCCUCCUCCUAUUCAACAAUGCAAAGAUAACUGGCCCCUACUAACUGUCAGUAAAGGAUUCUUCCAGGAGUCCCGAGUAGGGAAGGGAGGUUCAGGUGGAGGACUUGCUGCGGAUGUUGAUAUUGAUGAAGACACAGCUGGAUGGGGAGAUGAUGUUGAUAUCAUCCUGGAUGAGGAAGGAGCAAUCGUGGAUGAGGAGUUUGAGGAUGCAGAUGAUGGAGCAGGAGGAGAGGGAGGGGGCUGGGAUGUUGAUGAUGAUGAUCUUGAUCUUCCUGCUGAUCUUGACAUAGCUGCGGAUGUUGGAGGAGAGGGAGAAGGAUAUUUUGUUGCUCCUACUAAAGGAACACCUCAGUCACAAGUCUGGUGCAAUAACUCCCAGUUACCUGUGGAUCAUAUAACUGCUGGAUCAUUCGACACAGCAUUUAGGCUUCUUCAAGACCAAGUUGGCGUUGUAGAUUUCAAACCUUACAAGCAGCUAUUCUUGCACACGUACGCCCGUGCACGCAGUGCAUUCACCGCUGUACCAGGUAUACCCCCUAUGUUUGGCAACCCACAUCGAAACUGGAGGGAGGCCGGAGCAAAAUCGGGGUUACCGGUUGUUGGGCUUACCCUCGCUACCCUCGCUGCAAGGCUACAGGAUGCUUACAAACUAACCACGCAAGGUAAAUUUGAGGAUGCCAUCGUUAAAUUUCGUGAGAUAUUACUUUCUGUACCACUGCUGGUGGUAGAUAACAAACAAGAAAUAAAUGAGGCACAGCAGCUCAUCACUAUAUGUCGUGAGUAUUUGGUUGGUCUAUCUAUGGAACAGGAAAGGAAGAAACUUCCAAAAUCGAACUUGAAAGAACAAAUGAGGAUCUGUGAGAUGGCUGCAUACCUUACACACUGUCAGUGGCAACCUGUACAUUUAAUACUCGCACUAAGGACAGCUCAGACUGUUUUCUUCAAGCUCAAGAAUUAUAAGAGUGCUGCGAUUUUUGCUCGUCGAUUAUUAGAGCUUGGUCCGAAGCCCGACGUUGCAUCCCAAACAAGAAAAAUUAUCGCUGCCUGUGACAAGAACCCAAUCGACACCCAUGAACUAAGAUACGACGCGCAUAACCCAUUCGAUAUUUGCGCUGCUUCCUAUAUUCCUAUAUAUAGGGGUAAACCCGUUGAGAAAUGUCCGCUAAGUGGAGCAUGUUACGACCCAGAUUUUAAGGGUGAAGUCUGUAGAGUCACAACUUGCACGGAGAUAGGAAAAAGCUGCAUGGGCUUGAGAGUCAGCGCUAUACAGUUCCGCUAAAUAGCCCUUUGGAUAUCCCUGUUUUCUUCUUGAGAUAUAUAUGUACAGCACGUUAUGCCUUGAUCAUUUUGUCCCUAUUUAAACUCUUGUGCAAUUUGGGGCAUUCUGCUAUAGCAAGCAAGGGGGACUGUAGAAAUUCAAGAUUCCUAAAGAAAGGCGUGACUUAAACCAUAUUAUGUGGUGUUUAUUGCUUGUAUGAUUUGCGCAUAGUAUGAAUCUUAAUAAAAUAUAUAACGACCGGAAAAA